CUUCACUGUACUGGAACACUCUGUAGAUGAUCUCCUAUGUCUUGUGUUUCGAAAUAGUGAUUUUUGAUUGCUGGUCACAGGAAAAUCCUUCAAUUUGUUGGUUUCUGUUUUAUGAGGGAUGGAAAACCUCACACAAGAUCAAUGGCGCGAGAUCAUGAACAAGAAGAUGCAGUUCCCUCCGGAGCUCAUUGGUGCCAUCCAGGAAGGGAAAAUCGAACUGGUCUGCGGCCUGCUGAAGACCGGCGAUGGCAUCAUACGCCAGCUGGAUGACUCUGAAGACCGCCUGUGGAGGGAGGCCCUCAACCUGUCCAUCCGCCUGGGCAGCGAGGGCGCCAUGGACGCCCUCCUGCAGGGGGUAAAGUUCGACUUCCGUCAGAUUCACGAGGCCCUACUCGUUGCCGUUGACACUAACCAGCCGCAAGUGGUCAAGCUCCUCCUGGACCGCUUGGACCAGGAGAAAGGGAACAAGAUGGACGUGCGCUCCUUCUCUCAGGCUAUAUUUGACCACUCCAUCGACAACUCGCAGUUUGCCCCCGGUGUGACCCCGCUGACGUUAGCCUGCCAGAAAGAUCUAUACGACAUCGUCACCAUGCUCACGCAAAAAGGCCACGGUAUCCCAUGGCCGCACAAAAUUUCCUGCGCUUGUCUGGAGUGUCGCAACGGGCGUCAGUAUGACCUGCUCAAGUUUUCCUUGUCUCGCAUCAACACUUACCGUGGCAUUGCCAGCCGCGCCUACCUCUCCAUCACCUCCGACGACGCCAUGCUCAGUGCCUUCAGCCUCAGCAGGGAGCUCCGCAAGCUCUCCCAGAAGGAGCCAGAGUUCAAGCCGCAGUACCUGAGCCUGGAAGAGCUUUGUCAAGAGUUUGCAGUGGAGCUGCUUGGCAUGUGUCGCAACCAGAGCGAGGUGACCACCAUCCUUAACAGCUGUGGAGACGAGAGCCAGGACUCGGACGAGCAGGCCUUCGAGGAGGGAAUACCCAACCUGUCACGUCUGCGGCUCGCUGUCAACUACAACCAGAAACAGUUUGUGGCCCACCCAAUCUGCCAGCAGGUGUUGUCGUCAAUCUGGUGCGGCAACCUAGCAGGAUGGAGAGGCAGCAGAACAGCCUGGAAGCUCUUUGUCUCUGUUGGGAUCUUUUUCACCAUGCCCCUCCUCUGCCUAGGCUACUGGAUUGCACCAAAGUCAAAGGUGGGAAAGAUCCUAAGGACACCCGUGAUCAAGUUUCUUCUGCACUCGGCCUCCUAUCUGUGGUUUCUCAUCACGCUGCUGGGCGAAUCCAUCACCAUGGAGAUGUAUCGAGAUAAAUUUGCAUCGAGGCAGCAGAACAUCCUCCACAGCUCCUUCCACAUGGUGUGGGUGGUCGGUUUCUUCUGGUACGAGUGUAAGGAAGUGUGGAUUGAGGGCCUGAGAAGCUACUUCCUGGACUGGUGGAACUGCUUGGACAUGAUGGUGCUCAGCAUGUACUUGGCCUCGUUUGCUUUACGUGUGGUCAUCAUGCUGAAAGGACAUUUCCUCUGUCUUGAUGCUGACGGCACGGAGGAGUGCGCCUACUUCACCCAGACUGUGCGUGAUGACUGGCAUCAGGAGGACCCUCAGUUGAUUGCAGAGGUUCUGUUUGCAGUUACCAGCAUGAUGAGCUUCACAAGGUUGGCCUACAUCCUCCCUGCUCAUGAGUCCCUGGGGACGCUGCAGAUCUCCAUCGGGAAGAUGAUUGAUGACAUGAUGAGAUUCAUGUUCAUAUUGAUGAUUAUUGGAACCGCCUUCCUCUGUGGUAUCAACAACGUCUACGUCCCCUAUGUCAUCUCUCCACAUCUGGGCAGGUUUAAUGAGACUUUCCACUUCCUGUUCUGGACCAUGUUUGGUGUUGCCAACCAGGACUACGUGGACAUGCCACAGUUUGUCCUGGCCGAGUUUGUAGGACGCAUUCUUUACGGCAUCUUCACGCUGGUCAUCGUCAUCGUCUUGCUCAACAUGCUCAUUGCUAUGAUCACUAACUCCUUUCAGAAAAUUGAGGAUGACGCAGACGUGGAAUGGAAGUUUGCCAGGUCAAAGCUGUAUCUCAGUUACUUUAGAGAGGGCCUCACCAUGCCUGUACCCUUCAACAUCAUCCCAUCCCCUAAAGCUUUCUUUUACAUCUUAAGGGGGAUCUUUAGACGUGUUUGCUGCUGCUUCACUUGCAGUGCUGAGAAGAAAUACCCACCCAUAGCUUCCCUGUCCAACAAGAAGGGCUCUAAGGACAGCCAGCUGCCGUACCGUCAGCAAGUGAUCAGAGCCUUAGUGCAGCGAUAUAUCGAAUCAGCUCGCAGGGAGUUUGAAGAGACCAAGAGGAAAGAUAUUGGUAAUCGCAUCACUGAGCUUAGCAAAGCCAUCGUGAGGAUGCACAAUGAUCUGAAAGUGGUCCAUCAGCAUGUGGCGGAUGGAGGACACCCUGCGGACGAUGCUCUGUCCAAAGACGGCUCGUCUUUCCUGGGAAGAUACAUCAUUGGCGCCAAGAACAAUUUCAGAGGCUUUAACAGCGUGCUCGAUGAGAAAAAUAAGUCCCAAAAUGUAACAGUGCAUCAAGGAGAGGACGAGGAGGACAACAUAAAAGGGGGAGGGAAUGAGAAUGAGGAUGGCGACUGUGGAGAGCAUGCGUCUGAAUGCGAGGUGGUGAAGAUGGAGGAGGGCAGAGCGCAACUGGAGAAAGAAACAGCAGAAAAUGAAGCCCAAGAAGACAAAAAGGUGACACCGGAAAAGAGAAGAGCAGCGGAGAACCUCCCAGAGACGACCACCAAAGGAGCGAAACUUCCCAAAGUAAGCGACACCAAGGCCGGCACGGAAAAUGUGCUGAACGAGUCUAAAGACGGAUCGCUGCCGGAUAACAAAGUGGGGGCUCCGUGGAUAAAAGGGCGACAGUUUGAGCACAAUGCUGCUGAGAGAUGCGAUGGAGGUGAAAAGCCUGCAAGCCAGAAAAGCAUCCCUUCACCAUCCGGCAGCAGCAGCUCCACAGACACCGGCUUUGCUUCUCAAGAAGGGGAAGGAUUCAUUCAUGGCACUGGGGUAGAAGAGUAGCCUCUCAUCCAUUGUGGCUUGUUUUGGAGGUGCAUGCUUGUCAAUUGAUCACCACAUCACCACGUUGUGAACAAAAGUAUCGAGACACCUGGCUGUUGCUUCUCCAGAAAACAUGGUCCUCAUUUGCAGCAAUUCCUCUCCUCCGGGAAGACUUUUAAAAGAUGUUUGCUUUGUGUUAAUCUCUCUUCUAGUCCAUCCUAAAGGUAGUGGAAGGGGUUGAAGUCAGUUCUUCCACACCAAACUCAUCCAAGCUUGCCUUUAUGAACCUUGUUCUCUGCGCAGUGGGAACAGAAAAGAACCUUCCUCAAAGUGUUUUAAAUUGUCCAAAAUGUCUUUAUAGGGUGGAUGUAGGGUGUCUGCUCCAAUCAUCCAUCCAUCCAUCUUCUUGCCGCUUAUCCUCACUAGGGUCGCGGGUAUGCUGGAGCCUAUCCCAGCUUGGUCCAAUCAUUGAUGGACUAAUUAAAUGAAGAGGCGAGGCUCAAGAUACAGUGGAAAAAAUAUCUUCCAAACCCUCCAAUGUUUUCAUUGAGUCUUGGCUCUAUUAUAAAUUAAAUACUGUAUUGACCCAAAUAUAAGACAGUGCAGUCAAACCUCAGUUUUCAUCCACCCCAAUUUUUGUAUGAUUUGUUUUUCAUACAGUAUUGCGUAACAAACUUGCGUAACAAACGUUUGCCCUGUACUGUAUCAUUUCACGAAAUCCACAGCCCAAACAAAGCACCCUGACUGACUCACCGUCCGUGCGUUUUUUUUUUAUUGAUUGUGACUGCUAAAUAAUCCACCAUGGGGCCAAAGAAAGUUGCAAGUGCCACCAACUUGAUAAAGAAGAUGAGAAACACUUUUGAAUUCAAUCUCGCCAGGAUAUACGGGAAGUCCGCAUCAAUAAGUUGAAUCCAUUCAUCAUUUCUAAUUAUUUUGCAUCGUUUUCGGCACGUAAAACUAAUUAUUCUCGAUGAAAAUGUUUUUUGGCUCAUUUUUGGGUUAAUGGGUUUUCCAAUGGGAAAAAUUACCUCCGUUUUCAUACGUUUUUGAUUUUGAAGAACCUUUUGGAAGUAAUUAAUGCAGAACACCAAGUUACCACUGGAUUUCCUCCCCAGAAAACAGUCUGAUCAAGACGGGCCGCUUCAUGGUUGAGAGAUUUAUACCAUUUGGCACCAAAUGAUUUGUCACCUAAAGAGUCGAGCUUUUCUUCUCGUCACACACACACACACACACACACACAUGCACCAGAGAGAUACAAAUAUGAUACAUACACACGCAUGAAAAAGUGUCUCUAAGGUUGUAGCAAGUUAGCAAACAAGCCAGGAGGAGUUCUGAUGCUAAAUUGAAUAUAAUCGUGAUUGGUUUAGAACAGUAAAACAGCUAAGAAAUAUGUUUUUUUUUCAAUUUUAUUUUAAUCUACUAGUUAUUUAUUUUCCAAAAAUAGAUCUUGAAAAAUAUAUAUUUGGGUCAAUAAUCAUAUUUGAUGUCGCAUCUUUGAAAUUAACUGAAUAUAUUGCAAUUGUAACUAAAACAAAGACAUUUCUUUUCAUUAGUCUUCAUUAGACACACCGUGAAAGUCCGUCAAAGUCAAUACCCCGAGCCAGAUUACCAGCCAGUCAGUCACACGGCAAAGCAGGUCUUGAAAAUGAGGGAUCGUCUUAUGUUUAGGGCUGUAUGGUUGUCUCUCCACGUGCUGAAAUGCAGAGCAGCCUGGCCCAUUAGGCGAUAUUGGCAAAUGCUAAGAGCGCUGUGGCCUGCAGGGGGCGCCCCCAAAAAAUCAGGGAAAAAAAUCACCUUCAAUUUAAUAUUAAAACCAGUAAUUACCAUUAACUACUAAGAUGGAAAAGGUCACAUUAAUUAAAAUGUAAAACAAUGCCCGAUUUAUAUUACUUUAAAUUAUAGGUCUACUUAUUUUUGUACCGUUAGCUAUAUAUAGCUACUGCAUAGUGUAAAUGCAGCUUAUACUGUAUAUAAUACAUCAUUGUGUGCAAACUGUGUUAUUUAAGUUGUUUGAUGUUGAUUGUAUUUAUAAUUAGUAUUAUUUAUUCACUUAUUUACAGGUUUUUUAUUUUGUGGCAGGGGUAUUUAUAUUAUAUGUUGGAUUAAUUGUCAUUUCUUAACCAUGUAAAUCGGGUGACACUUUAUCUUACAAAUUAAAGACAAUGGUACA